AUGGGCUGCGCCUCUUCUUCGUCUUCUGCCAUUCCCAAACUACCUGACGCCUAUCAGCUUGCACUCGUUGGAGCGGACUCCUGGGCUCCAGUCGUGACGACCCUUCGCUUGCGCGACCGUUUCUGGGAUCCACCUACCGGUGAGGACUUUGUCGUGUGCGACACCGAGUGGAGCCAUGCCCUGUUCCGGAUUCGAGGCACGACAUCCGCGAUGAAGACGCUACGGGACCCCCGGUGCAACCCGCUGGUCCAUAUCAAGCGCGAGCUCACGGCUUCGGUGCCGACGUACAACGUCUUUGAUGCCAAGGGGUCGGCUGCCAAGCUCUUCUCCAUCAAGGCACGACCUGAUCUGAACGUCGAUUUCCAGCAUCCCAUUUCAGGUCAAAAGUGCCGCAUCGGACUCACUGGAAAUUGGGCCAAACGUCAAGCCUCGAUCUGGAUGGAGCAAGGCCGUCACGGCUCGCGCGUCACCAUUGGCCGCGUCUUCCGCUACUUUGGGAGUCCCGGUUCUGCUGCUGCUACCACGUGCAGCUCGUCGUUGUCGAAUGGGCAACUGAAUACCCACUACUUUCUCGUCGUUAUGGGUGGAGUGGACAUGGCACUUAUGGUACUCAUCUGCAUCGCGUUGGAGCAAGCGGACAGCGAGAAGUGGUGA